UGCUUCUGAGGAAAGUCUUGUAGAUACAUUAUGAAAAUAUGGUCUGCCAGCUUCUCCCCUAUUACUGUUGACAAAUGUAUAGAAUGAGAGUAAAGGCAGAAAGUACCAGGGAAUACUCAGCAGGUCUGGCACUGUCUGUGGAUUUCAGAUCUCCAGGAUUUUGUUAAGGUUUGUGUGCUUCCAUCUGACAUUAAAAGAACAUGGCAGAAACAGCACAGAUCUCCACUGAAGAGUUGGAAGAACUUCAGGCAGCAUUUUCAAAAAUUGACACUGAUAACUCCGGAUACAUUGAUAACAAUGAACUCCACAACCUCUUUCAACAAGCUAACCUACAAUUACCAGGCUACAAAAUUCGUGAAAUAAGAGAAGAACUCGCGGCUGCUGGAGGUCAGAAGGACCAGAUUAGUUUUGAAGACUUUGUUGGACUUUUCCAUGGUCUGAAGAGCAGUGAUGUUGCAAAGACAUUCAGAAAGCAACUCCUGAAAAAGGAGGGAAUCUGUGCUGUUCAUGGAACUGAAAAGUCCAGUGAAGGAACUCAACAUUCCUACUCAGAGGAAGAAAGGUAUGCCUUUGUUAAUUGGAUCAACACCGCUUUGGAGAAGGAUCCAGACUGUCAGCAACUGAUUCCAAUGGAUGCCAACAGUGACACUGAUCUCUUUGCUGCUGUUGGAAAUGGCAUUAUCCUUUGUAAAAUGAUCAAUCUAUCGGUACCUGACACCAUUGAUGAGAGGACGAUUAACAAAAAGAAGCUCACCCCAUUCACUAUACAGGAGAAUUUGAAUCUGGCUUUGAAUUCUGCCUCAGCAAUUGGGUGCCAUGUAGUUAACAUUGGUGCUGAAGAUCUCAAAGAGGGGAAGCCUCACCUUGUGUUGGGCCUGUUAUGGCAGGUGAUCAAAAUUGGCCUGUUUGCAGAUAUCGAACUGAGCAGAAAUGAAGCACUAAUUGCCCUACUCCAAGAGGGUGAGGAUCUGGAGGACCUGAUGAAACUAUCCCCUGAGGAGCUGCUGCUACGUUGGGCAAACUACCACCUGGAAGGUGCUGGCUGCAAAAAAGUGAACAACUUCAGCAGUGAUAUCAAGGAUUCAAAGGCUUACUUCCAUCUUCUCAAUCAAAUUGCACCAAAAGGUGAUGAAGAGGGCCAGGCUCCAAUUCCAGUCGAUAUGUCCGGUAUUAAUGAGAGUGACGAUCUGAAGCGAGCAGAGUGCAUGCUGCAGCAAGCUGACAGGCUUGGCUGCAGACAGUUUGUCACCGCAACAGACGUGGUCCGAGGAAACCCCAAGCUCAAUUUGGCGUUUGUCGCCAACUUGUUCAACAAGUAUCCAGCUCUUCGGAAACCUGAGAACCAAGACAUAGACUGGAGUCUCCUCGAGGGUGAAACGAGAGAGGAAAGGACUUUCAGAAACUGGAUGAACUCACUUGGUGUGACUCCUCGCGUGAACCAUUUGUACAGUGACCUGGAAGAUGCCUUGGUAAUUCUGCAGCUGUAUGAAAAGAUCAAAGUUCCAGUGGACUGGAGUCGGGUGAACAAGCCACCUUAUCCUAAGCUGGGAGCCAACAUGAAGAAGCUGGAAAACUGUAACUAUGCUGUUGAACUGGGAAAGAAUAAAGCAAAGUUUUCACUCGUUGGGAUUGCAGGACAAGAUCUGAAUGAAGGCAAACACAUGCCAACUUUAGCCUUGCUAUGGCAGUUAAUGAGGAGAUACACAUUAAACAUGCUGGAAGACAUUGGUGAUGGAGAGAAGGUCAAUGAUGAUAUCAUUGUAAACUGGGUGAAUCAGACUUUAGCCGAGUCAGGAAAAAGUUCCUCCAUUUCAAGCUUUAAGGACAAAGAAAUUAGCUCCAGUAUACCAGUAUUGGAUCUGAUUGAUGCCAUUCAGCAAGGAUCAGUCCGAUAUGACCUGGUGAAGACUGGAGACCUGACUGAUGAAGAAAAACUUGAAAAUGCCAAGUAUGCUAUAUCAAUGGCAAGGAAAAUUGGAACUCGAGUCUAUGCCCUUCCAGAGGAUCUUGUCGAAGUGAAACCGAAAAUGGUUAUGACUGUUUUUGCAUGUCUGAUGGGGAAAGGAAUGAAGAAAGUCUGAAGUAUCUGAGCCAAGUUGAAUUGAUUUGUUUUCUUCUCCAUAGCCUGGGUGCAACUUUCAUAUGUAGGACAUUUGCUUAGAUAUGCUCCUUUUGUUCGUUUUUUUUUCUCUUUUACCACAACCAUUUUAACUGGCUUUGCUACUGCUGAAAUAAUUGCAUUAGAUCGAAGUACCACAUUCCCCCAGUUGUCAUAAAACACAAACAAAAACUUUAAUCUUCCUGCACUAACCCAGAGAGGUUUUGUAGCCCAACAUGCAUUCUAAUGUUUAGAGUGUGCAAUCAGCAUACUUACUUACUCCCCAAACAAUUUACCGAUAUCAGCAAAUAUGAUUUGAGUUGUCGAAGAAAGUGUGUUUCAGAGGCAUAUUUUGUCAGUACUUGUUCUACUUGACCAUGGAGAACUCAUGUGCAGCAGCGAAAGAGGUUUCUGAAGAUAUGCCCUUCUGGUAAACUCGUCCAGGAUUUUCUGGAACACUGCAUUUCGAUGCACCGGUAAUCGGACUUGUUUGUGCAUGUUUACAAUUAACAUGUGUCACCUACACAAUUUCUGGAAGUGUGUGCCAAUUAGACGAAUUGAGGGCAGCGGGCCUUCUGGAACCUUGGGUGAACAACAAGCCAAAGUAGCAAUCUCCUUAACCACAAUGAUUAAAGUAUUGGGAAAUUCGCAGUGCAGGACUGAGACAUGAGAAAAUUCAAUAUCCCAUCCUCUACAGAAAGAGGGAAAGAAAUUUUUUUAAAAAGUAAGGAAAAGGGUGUUGGAUUGCGAGAUUGCGAAAAAGACUAAGCAAACUGUGAGGAUACAACAAUAAUCAAAAUCUGAUGUUUCGAUAUCUGUUAGAACACUUUCAAAGAGGAAGGAAUGCGAUUCUGUAUUGUCACUAGUUCAAUUUCUGGAAUGGCUACCAAUAACAAUUAUCACAUUAAAAUGAUCAUUAUAUGA